CAUGGAACACGCAAGGUCUAAUAAUUGUCAAAAACAAAACAAAUUUCGGAAAAAACAGAUCGCCGACUUAGAUUUCAUGUAAAAUUUUUACAACUAAAAUAACUGAAAAAAUGUUACAUUUACAAAAUUGGAAAGUAACCUACCAGCAAUUUCAACAGAGGUUCAUAAAGAGUACAACAAACGUAGUUUUGAAGCCAAAUGUUUCUGCUAAUGCUUACCAGCCCCGUAAUGUGGAAAAACAGAAAUAUGAAAAUUGGGAAAAGUACAAUCUGUUUACAGCUGAAAAUUCCAGCACAAAGCCUAGGUUUAGUAUGGUGCUACCGCCUCCGAAUGUCACGGGGUCUCUGCAUUUAGGUCAUGCAUUAGCAUGUACAGUUCAAGAUGUGAUAGUUAGACACAGGAGGUCUAGAGGCUACAAUGUGCUUUGGUUACCUGGUAUAGACCAUGCUGGCAUUGCUACACAGGGUGUCGUAGAAAAAUAUUUAAAAACAAAACAGGACAUUACCCGCCACGACAUUGGGCGGGAAAAGUUUCUACAAGAAGUUUGGAAAUGGAAAGAGAAACAUGGACAUGUUAUAGUCAAUCAGUUGAAAACACUAGGAUGUUCUCUCGACUGGAGCCGACAGACUUUUACUAUGGAUCAGAAGCACACACACGCCGUCAAUACAGCCUUUAUAACAUUAUUUAAAAAAGGUCUUAUAUACCGCAAGAAGGCCUUAGUUAACUGGUGUAGUGCAUUAAAUUCUACAGUAUCCGAUAUUGAAGUUGAAAAUGUUAGUAUAAAUGGACCGAAGGAUAUCCAAGUACCUGGGUAUGACAGACCGGUUAAGUUUGGUGUGAUAUACUAUUUUGCAUAUCAGUUAUACGAUUCUGAUGAAUAUAUUGUUGUUGCUACUACGAUGCCGGAAACUAUGUUGGGUGACACUGCGAUUGCUGUGCAUCCCCAAGAUGAAAGGUACAAACAUCUGGCAGGUAGGCGAGUUUGGCACCCAUUUAGAAACGAAACGAUACCUAUAAUACAAGAUGAAUUUGUCGAUAAAGAAUUCGGUACAGGCGCGGUAAAAAUAACACCAGCUCACAGCAAAGUUGACUAUGAAGUAGCAAAAAAGCACAACAUACCAUUGAUUCAGGUUAUUGACGAAAAUGGAAGAAUGACAACUUCAGACCGAUUCAACGGAUUAAAGAGAUAUGAGUGUCGCCAAUUAAUCUUAGAGACAUUACAAAAUGUAGGCCUUUUGAAAGAUGCCAAACCACACCAAAUGACCUUACCGACUUGCAGUCGAAGUGGAGGCGUCAUAGACCAUUUACCUAAAGAACAGUGGUUCUUAUCUUGCAGUAGGUUAAAUGAAAGAGCCGCUACCCUCGUGGAUAAAGGCUCGCUGGUCAUUGAACCUUCCAAGUACAUCAAGUAUUGGAAGGAUUGGACUGGGGACGACCGAGACUGGUGCAUCUCCAGACAGCUUUGGUGGGGUCAUCAGAUCCCAGCCUACAAAUGCAGUGCCGAUCGCAAUAUAGUCUGGAUCGCCGCUCACAACGAGGAGGCCGCUAAAAUGGAAGCCUCAAAAGUAUUGAGAACUUUGCCUGAUAUAAUCAAAGUGGAAAGAGAUCCAGAUGUACUUGACACUUGGUUCUCAUCAGGAAUCUACCCAUUCGCAGCGCUAGGCUGGCCAAAUUCUUUCAAUAAUAAAGACUUGGAGACGUUCUAUCCGCUAGAUCUGUUAGCGACAGGGCAUGAUAUCCUUGGAUUCUGGGUCCAUAGGAUGGUUAUCCUCGGCUUAGAGUUGACAGAACAGUUGCCAUUCAAAAAGGUUUUACUACACGGAGUGAUUUGUGACAACAAGGGCGCCAAGAUGUCCAAAAGUAAAGGAAACGUUAUAGACCCCCUAGAUGUAAUAGAAGGAAUUAAUAUGGAGAAUCUAAGAGAUAAAACAAAAGAAAUGCAUAAAAAUGGAAUUCUAAGCUUAUCGGAAAUGGAGAAGGCUUUGUCUUAUCAUCACACAAACUAUAAGAAUACUAAAGGCAUACCGGAGUGUGGGGUCGAUGCAUUAAGGUUCACUUUGCUGUCACACGACAUUAAAUCCCAUUUUGUUAACUUCGACAUCGCAAUGUGUCAUUCUAACAAACUGUUCGGCAAUAAAAUUUGGCAGAGCGUUAGGUACACGCAGCUCUCGUACUCAAAGCUGCCUGUCUUAAGCACAGAGUUGAGCGAGGCUAGCCUGACGUAUUUCGACAAAUGGAUCCUAAGCAGAAUGUCAGAUAUGGUGGAGAUUGUCAACAGAUCUAUGGAUAACUACGAUUUCCAUUUAGCCACGAAAGCGAUAAGGACUUUCAUGUAUAAUGAGUUUUGUGAUGUUUAUUUAGAAGCCACAAAACCAGGGUUUGCCGGCAAAGAUAUUUCGAAGGCAUACGCUCAUGCACACACGUUAUCCGCAGUAUUGAAUACGUCGCUUAGGUGCCUCGCGCCUUUUAUGGUAUAUUUGACGGAAGAACUCAUUCCAAAAGUGCCCUCCUUCACAAAUAACAUCGUAUUCAACUUUACCGAUGCUUCUAACAAAUAUUUAGAUUUCCCCUGUAAAGAUGACUUCGUGCAGUGGAAAAACGAUUCUAUAGAGAAAGAUGUGAGUAGAUUUUUGAACACGAUAUUCUUAGUUAGGGAAAUAAAGGGUCUUUAUAACAUUUCGAAUAAAGUGCGACCUUCGGUAUUCAUUGAUAAGUUUGACGACAAAUUGAGAGGUGAUAUAGAGGGAAAUCGGGAUGUGUUUUUGAACCUAUCACGGUGCAGCGAAGUGAUGUUCAGACCGGAUCCUGAUAAAAAAUACGUGACCGGAGUUUUGGAUAAAAAUUUAGAAGUGAACGUGGAAUUGUUGGGAGAAGAUGUGGAAUUGGCGAUAUUUGCUGCUAAGACGAAGCUAGAAAAGAAGAUACAGCAGUUAACUGACAGCUUAUCGAAAUUGGAGGCAAAGUUUGCUAGUGAACAUUAUCUAGCGACUGCCCCACAGACGGCCCAAGCCGCUGACAGAGAGAAACUAGAAUCAAAGAAGAAAGAACUAGAACAAUUACAAAGACUGAUGUAAAUUAAAAAUUAAGGCUUAAAUUAGUUUGUAGGCGAUGUUAAAACGGAUGUCGGUUUGUGCAAUAAAUUAAAAGUUUUUGUUAGAAAAG